CUUGCUCUCCUGCCCUUGGGUCCUUGAGGUGGCACAAGAUUGUUGGUGGUUUUUCAUGGAUUUGCUCUGUUGUCUCAGACUUUCACCCUUUUAUCUGUUUCACUGCAGGCAGUGGUGACUGGAAUCCUUCAGGUGUGCCAACACACACCAGCAGCAGGACAACAGUUCACUAAGCAGGAGGAUUUUUUUCGUACCUAAAGCUUUAAAUAGGUGAUCAAUACUUUAUUGCGUGCUCUUUCAUGAUGAAGGCCAUGGAGGAUCAAGUAGUCCAAGAAGAACCAGGAUACCAGGAUGAUGAGGAAUCCUUUUUUCAGGAUAUUGACCUGCUGCAGAAGCAUGGAAUUAAUGUAGCAGAUAUUAAAAAGCUGAAGGCAGUUGGGAUUUGCACAAUCAAAGGAAUCCAGAUGACCACAAGAAGGGCACUGUGCAACGUGAAGGGGCUCUCAGAGGCCAAAGUGGACAAGAUUAAAGAAGCUGCAAACAAGCUUGUUGAACCAGGCUUCCUCACUGCUUUUGAGUACAGUGAAAAACGGAAGAUGGUAUUUCAUAUUUCCACUGGCAGCCAGGAAUUUGAUAAACUUCUGGGUGGUGGGAUUGAAAGCAUGGCAAUCACUGAGGCCUUUGGAGAGUUCCGGACAGGCAAAACCCAGCUAUCUCACACUCUUUGUGUGACAGCUCAGCUCCCAGGACCAAAUGGCUACACAGGUGGAAAGAUUAUCUUCAUUGAUACUGAAAACACUUUCCGACCAGACCGCCUGCGUGACAUCGCUGAUCGCUUCAAUGUUGACCACGAGGCAGUGCUUGACAACGUGCUGUAUGCACGUGCAUACACCAGUGAGCAUCAGAUGGAAUUGCUUGACUAUGUAGCAGCCAAGUUCCAUGAGGAAGCUGGUAUCUUCAAGUUAUUGAUCAUUGACUCCAUAAUGGCACUUUUCCGUGUGGAUUUCAGUGGUCGUGGAGAGUUGGCUGAACGACAACAGAAACUAGCUCAGAUGUUGUCAAGGCUCCAAAAAAUAUCAGAAGAAUAUAACGUGGCUGUGUUUGUGACCAACCAGAUGACUGCUGACCCAGGAGCAACCAUGACCUUUCAGGCAGACCCAAAAAAGCCCAUCGGGGGCCACAUCCUUGCUCAUGCUUCCACUACCAGGAUCAGUUUGAGGAAAGGGAGAGGGGAGCUGCGUAUUGCCAAGAUCUAUGACAGCCCUGAGAUGCCUGAAAACGAAGCCACAUUUGCAAUAACUGCCGGAGGGAUUGGGGAUGCCAAAGAAUAGGUUAAAAAAUGAUGUAAAUGUACAGCUAAAAACCAGCUGGGCAGUUGAGAUGAAGAUUUGUGAAAGCUCAACAACUACCUGGCUGCAUUUGUAGCUUUUUGGAGAUAUUUAAGAUAUUUUGGGAGAAAACUGGGAUGGACUUCGUACGGUUCGGUUUUGCUGAACUAAAAUUUUGGUCAUUUAGGAUUUUUGUUUUUCAGUUGAACUUUUAGCACGCAAAGAUUUAAGCCAUUAGAUUGUGAAUUGUUCUUAGAAUCCUUUUCCUACCUUGUGUGAAAAUCAAACCUGUCCUUUCACAUGGGAGUGAAUAUACUCUUUCUUAAUUUAUUUCAAAGAGAGUGUCUAAGCGGAAGAAUUUAACAGUGUGAAAUGCAACAGAACUGGAAUAAACUCAGUUAUAAAAUUGACAUAUAUAGAUGGAAAAGGCAGUGGGAGGAACAACAGCUCAAGAACUUGAUGGAUUUUCACAUACUGUAGAGGAACAAGUUUUAAGAAUAUGUUUUUAAACAUUUUUAUCUUGACUAGAUAAUGUUCAUGUUUUUAUUUAGCAUUUUCUACUUUUUGGACAGAAUGUUUUAAACCUGUUCUUAUUAAAGUUAAAAAUAAAGACUAUGAAUUAGAACAGAAGUCUGACUAUGUUUGGGUGCUUUGAAUUAAACUCUCCUCUCAAAAAUCUCAUUGAUCUUUCAUGAGAAAAAUAAUCUGGGUGUAACCCAGUACCUUAAAACCUUUUUUCUAGUUCUCUAUAGAAACAAACUUGAUAUAAUUGACUUGUCAUUCUUCUAGUAUAAGUAAGACUAUUAAAGAUUACUAUUAAGUAAUAUUAAAUAUUGUUACUAUUAAAAAGAAUAAAACAAAUCCUGUGGCUAGAUAAGAGAGGCUGGCACCAGUGCUUACACCAAGGAAAAGGCACUUAACAUUCAGCUUGCUGAGGGAGCCAGCCAGCACAGGCACAGCUCUGAACUAGCAGGAGAUGUAGGUCACAGGGGGCAAAAGAAGAAGCUGGGAACAAAGAGAGAAACAGGGCACUGGGGGCCAAAAUAACAGUUCCUUUUACAAUAUCUCCAAUGCUCAUGGAAUUGCUUGUUUUAAAUAAAUUAAACAAUACAUACAUGCACACACACGGAUAUAAUGGGGAAGUCUUACUUUGUUCUCUGGUAAUUACAAGGAGUCUGAUUUUGGUAUUUGGUCAAAGAAAUUGUCCUCACUGGCAAAAGAAUUUUUUUGUUUAGAUUACCAAAUGCAUGUAAGAUAACAUCAAGAAAAAAGGCAGCAAUGACCAGAAAUUCAUGGAAGAGAAGCCUGACAUUUUAGCCAGGCUUUUCCUUGUGACAGACCUAGAGGGCUUAAGGAAGUGUUUCUUAACAGAUAGUUGGUAUUUUUCCUGAGGUAAAGCACUAUUUUUCACAGUGGAGAAAAGUCUAGAGAGCUGUAGGCUGGAAAGCUGGUUCAUCUGGGAAAGCCAGGAAUGGAUCAGCCAUUGUCAUUUACCGCAAUGUCCAGUGCUUUGCAUGUGCCAGGCAUUCCCACACUAGGCAUUCUUAUCCAGUGGCCAAGUACCCAGUGGCAGUGAGCGUGCAGUGUCGCUUGACUCCCUGCCACCCACUUCAAAGACCCAGGUUUCUUACAGAAACAUUCCUGCAUUUUAUUUUAAGCACUCAGAUUGCUUUUUGCUUUCCCACACAUGCGAUACAUACAUACAUAUAUAUAUGUAUAUAUAUAUAUAUAUAUAGCAUGUGAUACUAAAAUGGGAAUUUGCGUGUCAUUCUAGGCUGUUAUUUUUAUCCAAGGGUCUGAAAGUAAAGGGGCCUUGCUUUCCCUUCUGCCAGUGUAAGCAUCUUUUGCGAACCUGAGAGCCCAGAAAUGACUGCUGAUAGCGAUAACACGGUGUGGGCCGGGGCUGUGUUUGGCUGGUCCAACCCCGCCAUCCAUGGGACACGGCUCCUCGUGCCAGGACACAAUGCCUAAGGUAGCACACACACAGCACAAAAGGAUUUACGGUCUGUGCUGCGUGAUCGCCUCGUGGAUGAUUCUGCCUUUCAGCGAGGAAUCUCUGGCUCAUAUGGGGAAUUCUCCCCCGGCCUGCCGGCGCUCAGGCGACAGCAAACAUCAUGGCCGCUGUCACUCUUUUCCUGUCCCCGCGCCGCCCCGUGAUCCCCCUGCUAAUCGGCAGGGAAUAACCUCGGCCCGCCGGAGCCGCCGCAGAGGUCCAAAGGGCCGCUCCCGCCCCGUCGCCCAGCGUCCCUUUAUUGUUCCGCCAUUGUCCCAUCAUCGUGUCCUCGACCCGCCGCCACCUCGGCGGAGCCCGUGGGCGAGUAGACGACGGGCCGUAUUCUUCAAACCGUCUGCGAAUCCAGCGUAACCCUCCGGCCCGGCCUGCACGGUCCGCGUAAGAAUGUUACGCCAUGCGCACCGGGCUCUUCCCGACCUACGCCAGCCUGAGUUACGCACCUUGCGUUCGCCGUGCACUUACGUAACGUGCGCCUCGGCCCAGGUAUUCCCUGCCCUGCAGAAGGGGUUACGGAGAGCGCUCCUUGCGUAGCUGACUUUGGGGAAUAGCGUUACGCCUCCCCUCCGCCUUCUUCACGCAAGACCCCGACUCUAAGUAAAGAACGUUACGCACUUUUCGUAGCCCGCCUGCCACUGCACGGGGCGGUGUUUCGCCGAGCGCGCUUAGUGCGUAGUUGAGUUCCGUGAAUAGGCGUAGGUGUUUCGGAGGGCCGCAGUUUGCGCAGCUCCGGGCUGCCCGUAACGUAAGCGGAGCGGGCCGGGGCGGCGGCGGCCAUU